CCGUUAGAUUACGAUCGAGCGUUAGAGACAGAGCGAGCCGUUGUGAUUAUCAGGGCCCCGGGCACACUUGUGUGUCGCACUAUUCCUAACCUUUUUCUCCUCUCUCUCUCUCUCUCUCUCUCUCUCUCUCUCGCCCCUUCUCUGCUAUUUGCGGAGGAUUUUAAUGGCGAUUUGAAGCUACAAUGGCGGCGACGACGGAGCACUGGAGAUCGAUACGGGCUCUCUUUUGGAACUUUUAAAGCUGAAGUCGUUUUAAUCGUUUGUAUGAUCGCCUGGCGAGCUUCAAAACAAGUGUUUUUUUUGGGGGGGUGGAAAUGGUGGAUUUAAUAGGAUUGUUGGGUAAAAACUCGAUCUGUUUGGCUUAGACUAGUGUUUUGUGUGCUUCAAAUCGAGCUCUUUUUAGCUUUCGAGCUUCGAAAUUUGCUUGGAUUAGAACUAGUUCAAAUCUGCUUCUGAAAUGGUAAGUGAGAGCACAGUAACGAUGCUAUCGGAGUUAGGGUUUAAAGAUGCGUACAAUAGGGGGGCGGUGGGGUUGUUGCUCCGUGAGCAGGGGAGGGAGGGGGCGAACGAUCCAACGGUGGAGCUCGACCGUUGCCGCAGCGGCUCCGCGCCGCCGACCGUUGAGGGCUCUCUGAGCGCCGUCGAAGGCCUCUUCCGGAACCCUAACGGCGCCUUAACGGAGGAGGAGCUUCGUUCGGAUCCGGCCUACCACUCUUACUACUACUCCCACGUGAAUCUAAACCCUAGGCUCCCGCCGCCUCUUAUUUCCAAAGAGGAUCGGGGAUCCACGCAGAGGUUUGAGGCGGGGAGAAGAGGGCUCGGAGGGAUUGGGGAUGGGAGGAGGUCGAAGAUGGUUGGCGAUGGCGUCGGAAAAGCGCUUUUGGGAAAGCAGUUAGGGUUUGAUUCAGAGAAGUGGUUGGAUAAGGAAGGGGAUGGGUUGAUCGGGCUCCCGGGGAUUGAGCUCGGUCGUCACAAGAGCUUCACUGGAAUAUUUCAGGAUGACUUUUCUCACGCCAGCCAUCUAUCUGGUCCCGAUGACCGAAGUUCAAGUGUGAAUGUUGCUAGCAGCGACCAAAGCGAAGUUGCGUUUCAAAAAAAUGGCUCUUCAACAUAUCAUUCAUUUGCUUCUAUUUUAGGCCCAUCUAUUUCAAGAAGUGCUUCUACUGAUCCUCAGCAGAUAAAAAGGGCUUCUAGUCCUUGCCUUCCACCUAUUGGUGUGAGACUUGGUCCAAAUGUUAAGAAUAAUAACAACGGUACCCAAUCCUUCAAUUGUGGUCAACCUGAUAUUGCCGAAUCUGAUGAGGUCAUGGCUUCUUUUUCUAGCAUGAACUUGUCAGCAACUCAAUCAGUUAAUGAAAACAUCAUUCAGCAGUCUAAGUUUCCUCGGGGAACUGCGGAUCAUCACGAUUUUCUUCAUAAUCAUCAAGGGGAUCAAAACAGUAUAAAGCAUUUUAAUAUUCCAAAUUUAAUGAAAUUAUCAAAUCUUGACUUGGCUAAGGAUACUGGAGGCCUAAUGGAAUCUAGCAAUUUAGCAUUGAGGGAACCAUCUGCAUCUCUAGUUUCUAGCCCAGGCGAUUCUCCUCAAAUUUUAAAUGGAAAUGGUCCAUACUCUGCUUAUACAAGCUACAGGCCAGCUGGGUAUUCACCUAACAACCCUAGCAAUUUUGCACCUCUUUUUGGAAGUCCUUUUGGAAGUCCUUUUGGAACUGGUAUUGCGUCUCCUAUUUUGGCUCCUGGGUCACCAGGAGGGGGCUCGUUUUCUAUACCAAAUCUAGCUGCUCUUCAAAUGAAUGUUGAUCCACUUCAUAAUCAGAUUGGCAAUACUUACCUUGACUCUUUGCUUCAGCUACAAAAUCAAUAUGGCGUACCAGUUAUUACUAAGAACUUAGACAGUGGCUUUUGUAAAAGUGCUGCUUUUGGCUAUGCUUAUCCUGGAAGCCCUUUAUCUAGUCCUCUUCUCCCUGCUUCUCCAGUUGGAGCUCUUAGGCAGAGUGAACGCAGCUUACAAUUCCCAACUGGCACAAGGAACAUGGCUGGAGGUGUUAUGGGUUCUUGGUAUUCUGGUGUAAAUGUUAGCAUGAACGACAAUUUAAUGCCCUCACUUUUGGAGGAGUUUAAGAGCAACAAGACCAAAUGUUAUGAACUCUCAGAUAUUGCUGGCCAUGUGGUUGAGUUCAGCGCGGAUCAGUAUGGAAGCCGAUUCAUACAGCAAAAACUAGAGACAGCUACAACUGAGGAGAAAGACAUGGUCUAUGAAGAAAUCAUGCCUCGAGCACUUAAAUUGAUGACUGAUGUAUUUGGAAACUAUGUGGUCCAAAAGUUUUUUGAGCAUGGAAGUGCUGUUCAGAGAAGAGAAUUGGCUGAUCAGCUCACCGGACAUGUGCUGGCUCUCAGUCUUCAGAUGUAUGGAUGUCGAGUUAUCCAAAAGGCAAUAGAGGUUGUUGACUUAGAUCAGCAGAAAAACAUGGUUGCUGAGCUGGAUGGCCAUGUUAUGCGCUGUGUACGGGAUCAAAAUGGAAACCAUGUGAUACAAAAGUGUAUUGAGUGCGUUCCAGAAGACGUGAUCCAAUUUAUUAUCUCAACAUUCUAUGGCCAAGUUGUGAUGCUAUCCACCCAUCCCUAUGGCUGUCGUGUUAUACAGAGGGUUUUGGAGCAUUGUCAUGACCCUGAAACUCAGCAAAUAAUGAUGGAUGAGAUUCUUCAAUCGGUCUGCUUGUUGGCUCAAGACCAGUAUGGUAACUAUGUAGCUCAGCAUGUUCUGGAACACGGAAAACCUGUGGAGAGAUCUACUAUUAUCAAGAAGUUAACCGGACAGAUAGUGCAGAUGAGCCAACAGAAGUUUGCUUCUAAUGUUAUUGAGAAGUGUUUAGCUUUUGGUGACCCUAUAGAACGCCAGAUUUUGAUAAAUGAAAUUCUUGGAUCUGACGAUGAAAAUGAACCUCUUCAGGUAAUGAUGAAGGAUCAAUUUGCAAACUAUGUUGUGCAAAAGGUGCUGGAGACUUGCGAUGAUAGUCAGAGAGAGCUGAUCCUGACACGGAUAAAGCUCCAUUUAAAUGCACUGAAAAAAUACACUUAUGGAAAGCAUAUCGUUGCUCGUGUGGAGAAGCUUGUUGCAGCUGGAGAACGGAGAAUUGGAGCUCAGGCAUCAUAUACCUCCUGAAAAGAAACAAACGGAAUGUUUCACAGUAACAGUUUAGGCACCCUUUUUGUUUAUCUAUCUAUAUAAGAUUAGUACAAGCUCGUCGGGAAAUUAGACAGUUUUUUCUGCUGGAAAGUGUAUUGUAUAUUUAGUCGUUUAUAUUGUAGUGUAUAAUGCCAAGGCCGCAGUCUCCGCGGAGUAGAUAGUUUAUCUGUACAAGUUGUUAUGGGUGUAAAGAAAGAGAUAAAGAGGAAAGAAGAGUAGAGAACAUAUAUAUGUUAGUAGGAGUGUACAAAUGUUGCGGAGUGGAGAUCACAGAGAGAGAGAGAGAGAGCUGUUGUUUUAAGUGAGGGUGAUAUUUCCUCUUGUUUCUUGUAGGAUUUUGUUGUCCUUGUGUUGUACUCUUUUACUUUCGAAGUUGCUGUCUUGUAGAUGUAUGUAUACUAAGCUUUAUCUUCAUGUUCAUGACUUUGUAGUUUCAAGUAUAAAUCUGAUCCUUCCAAUAAUGGUUUGCACCAUC